AUGUUAGGGCUAGAUCAAAUCAAAAAGAAUAAUUCUAGAAUCAUAAUUUAAUUUGGUAUUGGCAAUUGCUAUUUGUAUGGUAUGCUCAAAAAUGCUAUCAUUUUCUAUAAAUAAGAUGAUUCAUCAUAGGAAUAGGAAGGAAUUAUAUUAAAUUCUUAGUUGUUGUCAAUUCUGCAAAUACUAAUUAUUUAACUUCAAGUUGAUAUGCAACUAAAAUAUCUCACUUAAAUUGUUAAUUGUUUGGCUAGUUUAGAUAGUAGAGCGAAUCUAUUUGAAUAAAUUAUUCACCCUUUAAUAAUUAGUCUUAAGGAUUAUGUUUUAAGUAAAAUCAAACUAUAGACUAUCUAGAUGAUUGACUUUUCGAACCAAAACUAUCAAUAGUGA